AUGGACACGAAGGGCGAGGGUGAAGAGAUGACUUAUCCCCACAUCUGCUUCAUGGUUGACAACUUUGAUGAGGUGUUCUGCGAUAUAGUGGUGAGAGAUGGUGAGAUGGUGUGUGUCGAGUUGGUGGCGCGCGGACGUGGUGACGCCGCCUGCGCUGUCAUAUUCCUCGGCUCCAUACGAUAUGACGCGCUCACCAGAGUCUAUGAUGCCAGGCAAUCAUCAUUAUCAACGAAGAUGGCUCAGCGCAUGUCAUUUGGCCUGCUGGGGGGCAUGGGCCGCGGCGCGACACGGUGCGAGUUUGUCCGCAUGAAGGGCCCUGGAGGCAAAGGUCACGCAGAAGUGGCGGUGUCCAGACCCCGAGGCACCGCAACGCCUGGCUCCGAGCCUGGGCUCGCGGCACCCUGGCCGGAUGACAUGGACGAUCCUGAGGAUAUGUUCCUCUAUCGACAUCAGCGUCGGCUGAGUGAUCCCAGCGCAAAUAUCACCACAUUCAAUCGUGGAGGCUGGCGCACGCGGGACCCCACCGACCAUAGCCGCUCUGAAAACGACGGCCUGGAUUCAUUGAUGGACGGCGUGGCAGAAGUGGAGGCUGGUGACCUUCGCGACGCGCGGCGCGGCUCUCAGGCUUCCUCCGCGCGGUGGCGCUGCUGCGCGGGCGGAGGUGGGGGUAAGGGAGGGGGCGCGGGGGGAUGCGAGCGCGACAUGCGCGAGGUUUACGCGCGGGAGACGCGCGACACAGCCACGCCCGCCUGCCUACGGGACGUGGCUCCUCGUCGUCGCCCAUUAAGUCGUGCCGCAGUCGCCCCUCCACCUCUCCGCCCGCUCCCCCCACCCGCCACCGUCGCUCCGCUCAGCCGGUGGACGACGACUGCGAACUGGCUCACGAUGCUGCCUCCCUCGACUGCCCCGAUGAAAACGAUUAUGAAAAGACAGAGUGUGGUGGGGGGGCAUAGCGCAGGGGGUAGUAAGGGGUGGAGUGAGGGGGCGCGGGCGUACGUGACGCUGCCGCGACGACAGCGCGGCGUGGCCGCGGCGCUGUUCCGACGGACUCGUCUCCCGCCAAGAAGAACAACACCCGAUGGCACCGACAUCUACUACUGGUGCGACUUGCCGCCGCGCUCGUUACACGAACUGGAUGAUGGUGCGUACAACCCAUUGUGGGCAAUGCGAGGCUUCACGCAGACCUUCCACCUGUGGAAGGAGGGCAAAAGGCAGCAGUCCGCGCCGCUCAACGCGUACCUCACGUACGUCACGCUGCCCUGGUGGAGUAUCGCCAAAGACAUCCUGGACCACCGCGAAGAACCAAUUCUGACCUUCUGA